AUGCAUCCUGAACUUGAGAGAGCCUUGCUCGCCAUCGAGAGCAUCAUGGAAAUUACCGGGACACCGGGAGUCAGCAUCGGAAUCAUUCGACACGGGCAAACCGCCGAAACGUACCACCUCGGUUACCGCGACGUUCAGAACAAACUGCAAGCAGAUGAUGACACGCGGUACAAUAUCAAUUCCCUGAGCAAGGGCCUGGUCUCAGCUCUUGUUGGGAUGGAGGUACACCGAGGAGGGCUGGAUUGGUUCAAGCCGAUCAAAACAUGGUUGCCCGGGUUUUCCAGUGCCAGCAAAGAGCUCGACGAGAAUUGCUCCAUCGUUGACUUGCUCUCCCACCGGACGGGCCUCGCAAGUCUCGACGAUUUCUGGAUGGGAGCCGAGAAUGUUAUCUACCUAAACAAGUCACAGGUCCUCCCGACGUUCCAGACUCUGCCCAUAUCGCGACCUUUCCGCGAGAGCUUGGAGUACAACAACUGGGGCUAUGACAUCGCCGCCCAAGUCUUGGAGAAAAUUGCAAAUCGGACCAUAUCCGACCUUCUACAUGGCCAGGUGUUCGCCCCGCUUGGCAUGUCAAGAACAUCGACAGCGUGGGAGUUUGGGGACGACAACGAGGGCAAAUGCUACGGUAUCCUUCAAGACCUCUCGCCGGUCGAGGUUGCAAGGCCGGCUCUAGGGAACGGGACGGCGAUGGAGGCGGCAGGUGGAAUCAAAUCGACACUCCGCGACAUGUUGACAUUCUACAAGACUUUCAUGCAUGAGACGAAUCUCCAAUUCUCAUCCGGCUCCGAUGCUUCCGACUUUUCGCCCCUGAAGAAUUGCCGCAUGCUCACGACCAAUCAUGCCCGGCUCCCGGGAGUGUCGUGGAGAGAGCAAGGCUAUGGCUUGGGUUGGGGCAGGUCUCAGCUCCCAGGGAGGCUGGGACUCUUGUCGGGAAAUACCCUGUUUGGCGAGGGCCCCAUCGUGGGCAAGGGGAACUCGUCACUGGUACUUUGGCAUCAUGGUUGUAUGCCGGGUAGUACCUCAGUGGUCUACUUGGCUCCGGAAGUUGAAUCGGGUGUAGUCGUUCUCCAGAACUCCAUGCCGGUUAUUGACACAGCCGACAUCAUCGGACAACUGGUCCUUGAGGCCAUUCUGCGCGUUGAAGAGCCAAACGACUACGUGGCGCUCUCCAAGCAGUGGCACGAUAGGGGAGUCAACCAUUUGCGGAAUCUCCAGAAGGAGUUGGAUGACAACAAAACCCAUGGGACAAAACCGAGACCCCUGAGUACUUACACGGGCACGUACUGGAACGAGCCAAAGACGUUCUUCAUUACGGUGCAAGAACAGGCCGGUAGUCUGGUCAUGACCACCCAGGGCUUGUCGUCACAAGCAUACACACUACAGCACUACCAUCACGAUUCCUUCACGUAG